AUGUUACCAUCAACCCUUCUCCCCACGCUGCUCCUCAGCACCAAAGCAGCAGCAGCAACACAAGUAACGUACCCAAACUCAUCCCAAUCCCAAACAAUCCUCCGCGUCGACCCCGGGCGCUACGGCCCAGAAAUCGAGGAAUACCACUACUACUACGACCAAUGGCCCAUCGGGCUCGCCAUUUCCAGCACAGGCCGCUUCUUCGCCAGCUACACGCGCGGCAACUACACCUUCACCCUCGGCGAAGCCGUGAACAAGACUGCCGAGACGCCCUAUCCUUCUUCCGACCUCAAUCUACCCAUGUCACAGCUGAACACCAGCUGGAACGGCAUCCCCUUUGGCUCGGGAAAUAGCACGGGCUUGAUUAGUGUCCAGGCGCUGUACAUCACCCCCGAGAGCGACGGGCGCGAUGAAACGCUCUGGGUCGUAGACACGGGGCGUCCGACGAUUACCAGCGAUGCUGGCCCGUCGAUGCCAUAUGCUCAGCCUGGAGGGCCGAAGAUUGUGGGUAUCAGUUUGAAGAACGAUAGUGUGUAUGCGACAUACACGUUCCCCGCGAGCGUGCAUUUCCCGGAUAGUUAUAUGAACGACAUACGCUUCGACUUGCGGUCUAGCGUGACGGAGUCAGGGCGGGGAAUCGCGUAUAUAGUUGACAGCAGCGAUGAAGGAAGACCGGGGUUCAUCAUGUUGGAUCUGGGCUCGGGGCAGAGCUGGCGGCGACUCACGCAGCACCCGAGUACGCUUCGGGUCGAUCGCGACGUGCCGAGUUACCAGGGGAUACCGUUUUAUCAGCGAACAAUGGGCGUGCCGGUGCAGACGUUGCGGGAGGGGCUGGAUGGACUGCAGUUGUCGCCGGACGGGGAGAGAUUGUAUUAUUCGCCGUUGACGUCGGAUUACUUAUUCUCCAUCCCGACUGCGAAUCUGCGACUGCGGACUGAAGACGACAAUCUAGCGGAGAUCAAAGCGGCGAACAAUGUUACGAAUCACGGGCAAAGAGGCGGGAAUGCGAAUGGGUUUGAGGGGGAUACUAAUGGGCUGGUUUAUCAGCUGAUGCCGGAGCAUAAUGCUGUGUAUGCGUAUAAUCCGGCGACGCUGCAGACUGAACCGUUUGUUCGCGAUCCGAGGAUUAUCUGGCCGGAUGGGGCGAGUAUUGGGGAAGAUGGGUACAUGUAUUUGAACAUCAAUCAGCUGCCGUAUCAGCCGAUGUGGAACAAUGGGUCGGAUGGGAGGAUACAUCCUGGUGCAGUGUUGAGGUGCAAGCUGCCGAAUGGUGGGAGUAAGAUCACGUCGCUUGGAUGA